AUAAGUGAUAUAAGCAAUAUUAUUGUCUAUGUAACUAAUACAAUUAAUUAAACAAUAAUGUACAUGUUGUUCAUACUUUUAUUGAUCACUUGCUUUAACGGUGCUUUGGGAGACUACGCAACAGUGGCCACGGCUUGUAGGGGAGAAUUGGAGUCAUCCCUGCCUACAAUUAAUUCGCAAGAUGAGCAACAAUUUCUUAACAAGCUCAUUAACAAAUACAAAAUAGUGGACAGCGUAUGGCUCGACGCCGGCGUUAAAGACAAACACAUCGUAUGGACGGACAGUACGAGUGCUGACUACGAGAAUUGGAUACCCGGCCGACAAAUUAAUAAUAGUAAUUGUGUGGAAAUGGUAACCGACCAAGCUCACAUUGGACAGUGGCUAGAUGAGCCAUGUAACAAGAAAAAUGCUUACUUAUGCAAGCGAGUAGUCAUGUGGUCAGGUCAACGUACAGAGCGUUUGAUCAGGGACAAUCGGCGAGUAUUAGAUAACUACAUGAAGCAUACUACUAUUUUAUUAAACUCGGCUAUCGCUAUAAUUGAGCAUUUGCUAGUCGCUCAGCAAGAUACUGACGCGAAAAUUGCCUUGUUAGAACAAACUAAAGUGCCCAUCGGGUUUAUAUACACACAGUUGCCCGACCAGGCUGAUCCCAAAACCCUAUGGCCAACAUACACGUGGUCAGAUGUGACGGCCACAUACGCGGGUCAGUUUUUCCGGGCUGAAGGGUCAGGCAGUUUAGCGUUUGGUAAGGGUGUUCAAGCUGAAAAUUCACCUAGAUUGUCAAACGUACAUUACGAGAGCACAGUUGACUACGCGAAAGAUAUUACCCUAAUUCCCGGUGAGUGGAGUAAAUAUAUUUAUUCCGGUUCCGAGAUUACCGGUGCGACCGACUAUUUCCUAAAGUUUUGGAUGACCGGGGGUGAAGUGCGGCCCCGUAAUCAAGCUGUGCGCAUAUUUCGACGAGUUAAAUAA